AUGAAGAAGUACCUAGAGCAAGUAAAGAGAAGGGUGAACGGCCUACAGGCCAAGAUUGUUCAAAUCCCUAGAGGAGAGAACGAGAAAGCUAACCGUCUUGCCAAGGCUGCAUCAGCAGAACACAUGAUCAUUCCCGACAAGAUACCUCCAAAGCUCGAUCCCUCACAGGUGGUGGACGUGUACAUCCGAGUCACUGGAGGUGAGGUCGGAGCGACGAUCAGUCCACUGGGUCUCUCCCCAAAGAAGAUUGGAGAAGACAUAUCCAAGGAAACCGCCAAGGACUGGAAGGGCCUCCGCGUAACGGUCAAGCUAACGGUCCAAAACCGUCAGGCCAAGGUGUUUGUGGUUCCCAUUGCCACCGCGCUGGUCAUCAAGGCACUGAAGGAGUCGGAGCGUGACCGGAAGAAGACGAAGAACAUCAAGCACAACGGUAACAUCUCGCUCGACGAUGUCAUCAAGAUUGCUAAGGUGAUGAAGCCUAGGUCUAUGGUGAAGGAUCUUAGUGGGACUGUGAAGGAGAUUCUGGGAGCUUAG